AUGCCUCCACGCGCAGACCUGCUGACGAAACGCUGGUCAACGUUCGAUUUGCCCAUCCUCCCGUUUCUGGCACCUCGAGUCUUCCAGCCAUGGCCUCGCGAUACACCGAGGUCCCAUUCGAUCGCAUCCCGCACGAAGAGCCAUUCACGUCGAUGCGUCAGAGCUUACCAUGACGGUCUCCCCCAGCCGUUAACCAAUAAGCAGGAAGAUCUUGGAGAGCUGCGGCACUGGAAGCCUCUACGUGCUGUUAAUUCAGACUCUUGCCGAGGUGAUCGAGCAAACAUCAACGAAGAGGUUACUGGAGAUCACAUAGAAGCUGGGCGCAACAGUUGGAGAGAUGAUAGGCCACACGGAGCUUCCGAUGAUUUAGGGGACGAAGAGGAUUUCUGGGCAAAAUAUGAAGAAAUCUGGGGACGGGAAGCGACGAAGCGGGAUGCCCAAGACCCCAUGGAGAGAGUGGGAGGAGAUCCAGACCCCGCGAACAUCGGAAAGGAGCCAUCCGAUUCAAGGGUUAAAGUACCACUUGGCGAGGAUGCUUUUGAGAUGCAAGAGUCGAUACGCCCAUGUUGGAGACUGCGCCCGUUCUUUGUACGGAGUCUUAAAACGACCUGGCGGAGCUUCGAGCCCAGGUCACAGAGGCCCCAGGAGGCACAGACGACGCGGCCGAGCUUCAAACCCAGGCCACAGAGGCUCCAGGAGGCUCAGCAGCAAUGGCUUGGGGAAAAGCGGAGAAGCAGGCGGCUUAGAAGCCAAUACCUCGUCAGAGGUUUACCAACAGUUCGAACCAAGUUCGUCAGGCUGGUACCCGAGGGACCUUAUGGCAACCUUUCGUUCUCUUCCUCAUGGAAUUGGCGAUUUGCGAUGCUCAAUGCCCGUUAUGACAAGGCGAUGGCAGGCGCCCGAGCGAGUUCAAAGGUGUACACUUAUAAGCGACCUCGUAUCAAACAAGAAUUCAUAGACAAUUUGGUCCGUCUCGAAUCUCUGGCACUGAUGACAGAGGAGUGGAAGACUCUCUCGCCUCAGACGAGGAAUCGAGUAUGGCAGGAUGUUAUGCUCCAAACACUGGAUAGACAUCCUCACCGUGCUAUCGAUGUAUUGGUAGCGACCUUCAUCGAGCCAUACCCUCCCGGCUAUGCCAUCGCUGAUAGUCUUGACUACAUCUUUACGCACUUCCUUCAUACCUCCAAAUCACAAAAGAUCGGAAUUUCCGGGAUACUUGAUCUCUUGCUUGAAAAGGGUCCGAGGGGUCACAUCCAAUUGGAUCAGCGUACACUGUGUACUUCGAUUAAACUAAUGGAUGCGCAGCGUCCGCCGAACACGCAUUCCAUCAAAUCGCUCUACGAUACGUUGCGGAAGGCCGAUCACCCUUUACACGUGAAUACCUUGAUCCAGUUCGGGACUCGGUUUGCUAAGAAUGGUCAAUUCAACACUGCAUGUGAAAUUUUGCAGAUGCUGAAGGAUCUAGGCUGUGACUUCAACACUCCAAAGGUCUUGAGCUUCUGUACUCUCUUGCUCAGACAAAGAAGAAGAACCUUGCCAUCAGGGGAAAAUCGUUAUUUGGCCUUGGACGUUUUUGAUUUCAUGAUGAAUUCGGGAGCCAAGCCCAAUAUCAUAAUAUACAACGUUCUCUUGGAAAACGCGCUGGAAAACCAUGAACACGAGACAGCAUGGCAGCUCCACAGUAUAAUGGUUGAAUCUGGUCUUCAACCCGAUGCCUACACCUACUCUCUUCUGUUGAAAGACUCCAAGCUACGAAUGGACCCGCACGCUAUUAAAAAGGUUAUGGAGCAUGUCAAACACAGGGCAAUCAGAAACAGCUAUAUUGUGAACGAUGUCCUGCAUGCAAUCCUCCUUCUUCAUCAGCAAGAGCAGAAGAGUGAUUAUGCUGCAGAUGGACCAAAAGAGCAGGUCGCUUCUGCUUUCGAUCGCCUGCUUCCGGUUUACUGCGACUAUUUCAAUCUCGAACCUUUAGCUCGAAUUAUUCCCAAAUUUUCUGAGAGGUAUCCCAAGCUGCGAAUUCAAAGGGAUCCGAAUGCAUCAGUAAAACUAGAGGACCCUACAGCGCCGACUCUGGUCGUCAUGGUGACUAGUUUCCUCGAUGACAUUCAGAAUCCACUCCCCGCGCUUCAGCUCUACGAUCAAUUUCGUGAAAUGGUAUAUAACAAUGAUCCCGCUGUGGCCUUUCUGACGCAGACUACUCACAUUUGGAACCUCGUUCUCAUGUCGCUUGGUAAAUUUCGAGAAACCAUUGGUGACUGCCACACCCUCAUUGGAGACAUGAUCUCUCCACCAGAGCAAACGCCUCAGUCAUCACUAGCAAGCGAAAAGAGGGGAGAGCCGCUUUCCGAUAUUGAUCAAGCUAUACCGCCUCAAGAAGACUCGUUUCUAGAGCGCCAUGACCGACAAUAUGCCAAGUUUCCUCACUCAGACCAAGUUCUUCGGUUGCCACUAGCAAGCGAGGAAAGUGGGCACUCCAAGUCAGAACCUAGCAAUCCCAAAGCGCUUCAGGACUUCUCUACGGAGCUCCGCGACUCCCAAAACGAUACCUCGCAGUUCACUGUGCUUACGCCUCCCAAACCCGACGUCUACACCUGGUCAAUUCUUAUAAAGAUAUUCAUGGAUCAUAAGCAGCCCCGCGCCGCAGAGAAAGUCCUCGACAUGAUGCGAGAGCGCGACAUCGAGCCUAGCAUCGUUACAUGGAACACGCUUGCCCACGGUUAUGCUUCUAUGCAAGACACGGCCAGCCUUGUCGGUGUUCUGACGAGACUGAGGGCGGCGGGAUUGGAAGCGGAUGAUGCCACGACGAUCGCGCUGAGCAUGAUCAAGAAUCGGAGGGCGUUGAAUGAAGAGUUGCAGAAGAAGAACGACAAACUUGUUGAUCUCGACAGAGGGUUUGUGGAGGAGGUUCAAGAGGAGCUAAAGCUUGAAGCUGAACAGGAUGUGGUGGGAGCGUCGAAUGAGAUUGGGGACAAGGAGCCGAGUGAGGAUGAGCUUUUUGCUACGAGCUGGUUUUAA